GUGUUCCAGGUAGUGGCAUCCGAAGAUGUCGGAAAGCUGGGCCUGGUGUUCAUGAGUUUGCCCCCGGGCCAUAUCGAGGUGAAGUCCGUGUCUGCUGGGAGCUGGGCCGCAGACCAGGACAUUGUAACUGGAGAUCUGUUGGUGGAGGCACAAGGCAGAGACCUAGAGAGUGUCUCUGAUGAGGACUUCCGUGAUUUCACACAACAGCGUCCCCUCACUCUUGUGUUCCUGGCGAGUGAUCCCGAUGUGCAGUCAAAGAGGCUUGCGCGCAUUGCGGCUGCCGAGGCGGCCAAGGCCCAGGCAGCAGCAGAGGCCGAGGCAGCCAAGGCCAAGGCAGCUGCGGAGGCUGAGGCAGCCAAAGCCAAGGCAGCCAAGGCCAAGGCGGCCGCUGAUGUGGCCAAGGCUAAGGCCGCAGCAGAGGCCGAAGCAGCUAAGGCCAAGGAGGCUGCUGAAAUGGCCAAGGCCAAGGCAGCAGCAGAGGUUAAGGCAGCAGAAGAAGCUAAGGCAGCGGCAGAGGCUGAGGCAGCUGAGACGAAGGCAGCUGCUGCAGCAGCUUCUAAAGCAGCAGCGGCUCAAACUGCAACAGAAAAGCCAGCAGAGAAGCUACAUGUUGAGGCAGCAAAGCCUGCGCAAACGCCCAAGACACUUCAAGCAGGGAAGGACGACCCGUCCCCUGCGCCGGCCAGAGUGAAAAGCCCCGACCCCACACAAGCAUCGCGGCCAGCGCCCGCGGCGCCUCCAAAUUCAGGUCCGACAUCACAUGCAGCGGAUGGUGCAGAACCAGCACUAGAGUCACUAGAGGUUCAGCCUGCCCCGCCUGCAGCGUCAGCGCAAGUGGACAUGCCCAUGUCCCCAAAGCCCGAAGGUAUCACAGAGUCAACACCCACUGAGGCAGCCAAGCCAAGGCUUCAGGAAGUUCCUGCUAAGGAGACAAUGAAACACACUGAGAGCAAGGAGGCCUUGGAGACAUCUCAGCACAGUCAGCAAAGGCAGUCGGCUGAUAAGACAACUGGGCUGGAACACCAACCUUUGCAGCCAACUCACAGCGAGCCAGUGCCACAGCAAAUCCCAAGCCGGAGGUCCAACAGCUCUGUCGUAUCGCCGCAGCCUUCAAUUCCUGAACCCAUCUCUUUGCAUUCAGUAGAGCCUGGUGCCAACCAGCUUGCAGACGAGCUAGCAGCAAGCCAAGCAAAGCUGCGAACAGCGCAGGUGGAGCGUGCAGCGCUUCAGGAUGAGGCCGCGGCUUCCCGAGGCAUCAUCAAACAGCUGCGCAGUGAGCUCAAAGAGGCCAGGCGAGCCCAGAGAGACCCGGAAGGUGGAGAGGAAGCUUGGGGUGGCCGCGGUAGCCGCAGUAGCCAGGCAUCCGACAGCAUGGUGAGGCAGGUGGAGGUAAGUGAGCAGCGGCUGCAGGAGGAGCUCGAUGAGACCCGGGGCGAACUUGAAGCGGCAAACCAGCGCAACAAGAAGAUGAACGGGUCUUCCGGACAGCGGGAUCAGCUGGUUGGUAGGCAUCCAGGGACGGAAAUGGAAGAGCUUGAAGCAACGAUGAAGAAAGUAAAGGCCAAGGGCCUGGAAGCAAGUGGCGCUGGCAAUGUGCCCGGGCUGCGCAUGGAGCAGGCUGUUGUGCGGGGCCUCCAGCGGCAGCUUGUGGAGGAGACGGUCAACGCUGGCCACCAGGCAAGCGAGAGCCAGGAGAGUGCCAUUGAGAGCGUGCGGACAGAGCUUCGCAUCGAAAAGGCAGCAAUGCGCGCUUUUCACCGAACAGCUGGAAGCGAUGUGGAGUCAACUGUGGAGCAAGCAAUGCAACAAAGGGAGGAUCUGAAGCAGUCCCUGGUGCGUGCAGAGAAUGCAGCUGUGCGCGGCUUGCGCAGGCGCAAUGAUGAGGCAAGACGCAUGACGCUGCAGCUGGAAGAUCCGCUAGUGCAAGAAGCAAACGCUAUUCGUAGUGCCAUUCCACAAGAAGAAGAGACGCUGGAGUUCCUCUCUGAACGACUGCGCAAUGUGGAAGAGGCGACUGCUGCCAUGGUGGAAGGUAAUUUGGGCAGAGACGCAUUCCAGCUGGUCGCGAAAGCCCAGGGGUUUGAGGCUGCCGAAACCACGGCUGCCAGAGCUCUUGCUGAGGAAGCGCAGGCAUUGGCUCAUGCAGAAGCAGCCAGGAACGAGCUUCGAGACUCCGACCUCUACGCAGUGCGGGUAGAGCUGAAUAGAGAGCGAACUCUUCGUCUGAAGGCAGUUGAUGAACACGCUGAGUUGGCUCGAAAGCUUGCAGAAUCGCCCUCUCCCUCCAUGACUGCGGCUUUGGGGGAGGCAUCGAAGCCCACUCCAGCCAUACAAGCCGCAGCCUCCUCCCCAGUGCUGUCAGCUCAGCCUUCAGGACCUCAACCUCAGCAGCUCACAACCAGCUCUAAGCCAUAUCUUCGAGAACCUUACUGGUGGUUAGUAGGGAAUGAUUAUAGGGGAAUAGAAUCCCUAUAUUAUCCCUAUAGCGAUUCCUUCUGGGAAUACAUUCAAUAG